GCCAUCACUAGCCCACCAACCUCAAGCUGAUCCCUGCCCGCUCACGCUGGGUCCUCCGCACAUCCCAAACACUGGCUCACGGGCUACAGUGGCUGCAGGUGGCUCAAAAAUCCUUCUGACGCCACUUUCUUUUUCCCUCUUUUCACAUCCUCCCGUCCAACCCUACGAGUACGAUUCUUGCGAGGCAACCAGGUGCCACUCGGGACGGAAAAGCAGAAAGAGGGUCACAUCGAAACAAGAACAAGCUGGAACAGGAACCGACGGCGAGGAAGCUGUGGCUCGUUGCUGGCCUUUCGUCUCUUUCUGUCCCAUCCACCCUCAAGCCUCUUCUGGCUGGUUUCUCAACAGCCGCAAGCCACUUGACAACAAUAGACUCCACCGCAACCCAUUAUAUCCACGCCAGGGCGCUGGGUCCUGGCCCAAUCGAUAGCCUGAGCCUUGCAAUCGUCACCUCUUCACCCAUCAAUUCAUCAUCCCCAUCCAUCCAUCGACUUUGUGCUUCACUGCCUAGGCUUGGAAGGGCUCGCCCUGUCUUGUCCACAAUUGUACACUUGAAGAGAACGGACACUUUCUGCGGUUUAGAAAGCACCGUCACAGACCACCUCAUACCACUCUUCUUCCGCUUCAUCAACCGUCUACUUCAGCCUUCUCGCCAAACCAAGCUCUACGCCUCAGCGCCACAGUCCAAUCCCAACUGGGUUGUUGUCAAGCUUUCUUCAACAAAUCGCGCGUCAUUUCAACGGGGACGCUUUUGACGGCUAACGGGUAUCCUCACACUCCUCGCCUGGCCUGUCUCCGUCUAUUCUUGCCUGCCCACCUCUAAUCGACUCGAACCUCGCUUUUGACCACCCCCAAAACUAUUUGCUGGCUUCGCUGCUGGCUGGUUUCGACUCUUCCUCCUCCUCUACCAACACUUACCUCGCCUUCCUCUCCUCGCGUGCGCACGACAAUUGUGCUGCGACAACUUCGUCCGGAGAAUCAUUCUCUUUGUUGAUCUAUCCCCCACACCGGCCGACGUAUAUUCGGUCCAGCCUCAUUCGCUACUUGCGCCAACCGCGAAUAUUCCUUACUCUCUGCCUACCUAGUCUCAGCCCACCUUCUCCUUGCAUCCCUGCGUCAACACCUUCGUUAGCAAACAUCGUAUCGAAGCUGUGCUUUGGACACACAAGAUUGCCCUCUCAAAAGCGUCAUCAACCUUUGACCGUUGUUCGCUUCUACUGCGACUCAGCCUGCCUGUAUUCGAACUGCGAAUCUCCUCUACCAAAUUCCGCCUCAGUCGCAUAACAUGCUGUGUAUCGCCGCUCACUUCGAUUCCAAGAGAUAGGACUUCAAAUACACAUCAGUGCCGGCGCAUCACCUCUGCAGUUGAGGUUCAGCAACAACUCUGAACCUGUUGCGUCGGGAAAGACAUUGGCCAAGAUAAUCGUCGCUUGUCCACGAUCUGCGCGCCUGGACACAUGUCCGCACUAGACCGGAACGGCAAUGUCGAGACAAUUCCUGUUUAUGGCCGAGUCCAACAUUGAUCCGCAAGUAGCCCAGGAGGGUUCAUCGCCGGCCUCCCCUACUUUCAUUAAACCUAUUAGUCCUGCUCAACAACAAGUCAAGCUUAGAGCCAGUGGGCCCGAAGAUUUUGAGGACUCGACACGAUCUCUAAAGAGGCGCAAGCUCGACACUCCUCAGUUGACCGCAGCGGCCGCCUUCGCUGAAGCGAGGCAAAAACUCUCAAGAUCGACAUCUCCAGCUAGUACGGGCACCAGCCCGAACCCUUCACAACAGGCUUUCAGCGCCCUCAUGGGCGCGAAUUCCAAUCUGACGAGCAAGGCUCUGCAGUCUACUACGGACAAUGUCACUGAUCCCACGACUACAGUCAGCGAACCUCUAGCCGAGGUUGCUGAAAGUAUCCAGCAGGCUUCUGCGCUUGCUGUUGACCCCUCUGCAACUGGUAAUGGUCAUGCGGAGCAGACCAGCCCGACCAGCAUGUCCAGUAUAGGGACUCUCGAGAGCGUACCCGGUGUUUCGGGCAUUACGACUACCGUCGGGAGCCCGUUACCGAUCGAGCAAACAGUUGGACAGGUCGUGAAUGCCAUGGAAGCGGGCUCUACCUCGCCUGGCGAUGGGUUCAAGGGCUCUUCGUACCCGACCCCUGGCUUGCAAUUGCCGCCGAAUGAAGGCGCUAGACGAGGGAUGAGCUUGCCUCAAUCCACCUCACGACCAGGUACAAGAUCUCCCUCCAGCAAAAAACAUAGAUGCCCCUAUUGUGCCACCGAGUUCACCCGUCACCACAAUCUAAAGAGCCAUCUGUUAACACAUAGUCAAGAAAAGCCAUAUGUAUGCUCCACUUGUCAGUCGAGAUUCCGACGAUUACAUGAUCUCAAAAGACAUACCAAGUUACAUACCGGCGAACGACCUCAUAUUUGCCCCAAGUGUGGUCGCAAAUUUGCUCGGGGCGAUGCUCUGGCACGCCAUAACAAAGGCCCUGGAGGUUGUGCCGGCCGGAGAGCUAGCAUGGGUAGUUAUGGUGGAGAUGACGACGCCGAAGGCGACGAGUCCAUGGAAGGUGUAGUAUAUGGUGAACCUGAAGUCAUAGAUGAUGAAGCGGGCAACGAUAAGACUCCGCGAAUUCGUCGUCAAGCUCCUUCAGGAGACGAUGCUGUGGACGACGCGGAACCGACCUCGCGAUUCCCCAGCACAUAUCCUCCUAUCCAAGGUCGGCCCCCUGGGGGACUUGCGGGUGGCGGUUAUCAACCUCGUGGCGCUUUCGGCCCGGCCGCGGCUGGGUCCGGGAACGCUGCUGUGCCGCCUGGUGUGCCGCCUCCAUUUCCGCAAGUAUCGGGGUCGUCCUCGGGAUCAAGAGCCUCGAUACCUAACGCUGUAUACGCGCAAAACCCGAUGACGGAGAGUCCGAAGCCUCUUUCGCCUGGACAGGUUCACAGAGCAUCUUUGACGGGCUCGGCAGAUAGUAGUUUGAACCGCAAUCGGUCUCCUAGCACUACGAGUCACUAUCCACCAGGAUCAUUUGGUCGAACCAGUGGUACGGGCUCGUCGCUUGGUCUGCCGUCCGGAGCCCCCCAACUACCUCCCCCGAAUGUGGUCAACCCGGUGGAUUCCAGGUAUACCUUACCUAGUCAAGGUGGUCCGGCCCAUCCGCCCACACAGCCUUCCGGGCCUCCCACACACAUGAGCGGUAGUGGACCACUAUCAUCUCACAGCAAUAGUCUCUCUUCUGGCCAUGCACAUUCAGCCCAUGGCAGUGGAGAGACUGCCAACAUGUUUGCCGACAAAGAUAGAAUCUGGGCAUAUGUGAACAGUCUUGAACAAAGGAUGAAUUCGAUGCAACAGGAGAUUGAGAGCCUGAAGCAUCAAAUUACCAUUGCCACACAAGGAACACAACAGCACCAAAGAAUGUGAAAGAAAAGGAUGCAUACAAACACAAAAAUCUUCAGCAACAACGAGAACUCCGAUAUCAGACGACUUUCAGCAGCGACCACGAAGAAGUGCAAGAACAAGAAUUAAGACGCCAUGUCUCACACAGAUGACACGAGAUACGUGGAGCGUUGAGCCCAAAAAAGGGACCAUCCCAAAAUGCAUUGACAGGAGCAAUGAAUUUUUUUUUCCUUUAUUUCAAUUCAUGCGUAUCGCACGACUAUAUUCAUAGAUACCCCAUUGAGUUUUGAUCUUUUUCCUUUCUCCAUCAUAAGGUCUUUGCGUUUUCGCUUAGCAGGGAAAACAGAGCACCGGGAGGCAUGUUGGGUUGUACGAGUUCCAGGCGUUGGCCAAGGGAAAGAAGGGAUGAAAAGAUGAUCUCACUGGAAUGAGAGAGAGAGAGAGAGAGGAACUCCGGAGAUGGCUUAUCUUGUAAAACUUUUUUUUCGGAGGGAUAGGGUUUUGAUUUGGACUUGGUAGAGAGACUUGGUCGUUACGUCAGGGUGGAUUGGAAGGGUAAUGAAUGACUAUAUCGAGAAACUCCAUCGUCCGUGUGUGUGAGGGAGAGAGAGAGUGUGUGUGUGUGCGUGUGUGCGUGUGUGUGUAUAUGUACCAAUACGAUUCAAAAGCUUUGAUAUCGACAUUCUAG